AUGAUGGAAAAAUAAAAUCAAGAAAUUGAAAUAUUUGAUGUUGAAAAACAAAGCAUCUAAAUGAAUCAAUAUGAAAAAUCUAUUUUAAGUUAGCAUCAGAUCUACAAUUACACUAGAAGUUCCAUCAAAAUUAAAGAUGUCCAAGUACUCUCACAUCUUGGCAAAGGCGCUUUCGGAUAAGUCUUUAAAGUUAUCUAUAAAAACAAAAUAUAUGCCCUUAAAUAGUAAUUGAAAUAAUAAGUCUUACAAGAUGUCAAGUACAUUUAAAGUGAACUAAGCAUAAUGAAGUAUCUAAAUCACCCAUUUGUUGUUAAACUACAUCAUUCUUUUCAAACUUAACACUAUCUAUACAUGCUUCUAGAAUAUUGUGAUAAUGGUGAUCUCAUAAAUUAUAUGGCGAAGGGCACAGUUCUAUAAGAACCCUAAGCCGUUUUCAUUAUAGCCUAAAUUAUACUAGCAUUAGAAUAUCUUCACUCCUUAAAUCUCAUAUACAGAGAUUUAAAGCCAGAAAAUGUGAUGGUUACAAAAAAUAAUUACAUAAAACUCAUAGAUUUCGGACUUUCCAAAGAAGGCUUUAAUGUAACUCAUACGUUUUGUGGUUCACCUGCUUAUUUAUCCCCUGAGCUAUUGAAUGGCCAUGGAGUAACAUAAAGUACAGAUAUUUAUACAGUGGGUCUUUUGUUGUAUGAAAUGCUAUCAGGUUAUCCUCCACAUUUUAGCAACAACAUUAGAGUACUAUUAAAUGGAAUAUAAAAUGAAGAACUCAGAAUUCCAAAACAUUUUUCUGGAUCUAUCAAAAAUUUCUUGGAAUAAAUCAUCACUAAAAAUCCAAAUGAAAGAUUAUCCAUCAAGCAAAUUAAAAAUCAUAUUAUUUUUGCUGAAAUCGAUUGGUUAAAACUAAAACAAUAAGAAUACAUAGCACCAGUACUCAAAAGAAAAGAGGCAAACAAGUAAUUAUUAUCAACCAGAUUGAUUGAUCAUGACUAUCCCUAAGAUGGCGAAAGGAUCAAUGAAGUAUUUGGUUGGGAUUAUUCUUGUUAAAAUUGA